CAUUUCAAGCUGAUCCUCUGCAUCGUGGUUUUGGGUUUCGCUGUUUCUGGUGGGAAGAACAAUAGUGGUAUUGGAGCAGAAGCUGGAAACGUCAACGAGUACUUAAUAUGCGACACUGUGGCCGAUUGCGGUUCGCCGGGAUGUUGCCGGUGUAUCGGUUACUGCGUCUGUGCCUGUCCCAAGCAAGUACCGGAUGCAGAGCGCCUCGCCGGAGGUUCCAAAGGACUUGAAGAAGAUCAAGGGAAAGGGAAUUGAUUAGCUAAAUAAUGUGUCCUUUUCAUUUGUAUGAGGAUCUGAGUUAUGUAAUAAGAAGUGGUCAUGGC